AUGAUACGUCGUCUUCCGGAAAAUGUUGUCAAUCGUAUCGCAGCUGGAGAAGUAAUCGUACGGGCAGCAAAUGUCAUUAAAGAAUUGAUUGAGAAUGCACUAGAUGCAGGAGCUACGGAAAUCAUUAUUACAGCUAAAAAUGGUGGUCUCGACUUAUUGAAAGUACAGGAUAAUGGAAAAGGAAUUGCUAAAAAUGAUUUAGCAAUUGUUUGUGAACGUUUUACAACAUCGAAGCUAGAGAAAUACGAAGAUUUAGAAUGUAUGAGCACAUUUGGAUUUCGUGGUGAAGCACUAGCGUCCAUAAGUCACGUAGCUAAAGUGACAAUUAUUUCGAAAACAUCGGAUUCACCUUGUGCUUAUGUUGGUCGUUAUACAGAUAGCAAGCUGCAAGGCGACAUAAAACCAUCCGCUGGACUUGAUGGUACGUCAGUAACUGCCGAAGAUCUAUUUUACAAUUGUCCAUCACGUCGUCGUUCACUUAAAUAUCCUGCUGAUGAAAUGAAUCGUAUUGCUGAUAUUGUUGUACGAUAUGCUAUUCAUAACCCUUCCGUAUCAUUUACAUUACGACGUUGUGGUAGUGGAAGUGAUUUUCGAACAGCUGGUACGAAUAAUCUUUGUGAAACGAUAUCUUCAUUACUCGGUGGAAAAUUUUCCAAAGAUCUCAUUUUGUUAAAUCAUAGCGAUUCAGCAUUAUAUUUCACUCUAAAAGGUUGUUUUGUACGACCAACUGCUUCAUGUACCGCUGAAACUCUUCAAAAUCGGCAGAAUUGUCAGAAAGUUUUUUAUUUAUUUAUCAAUGGUCGUAGUGUUGAAUGUCAGGCGCUUAAGCAAGCACUGGACGUUGUUUUUGGUGCUCAAAAUACUAUGUCACCAUUUGUUAUGAUUUCGUUGCAAAUUGAACCGAGGCGUGUUGAUGUUAAUGUACAUCCGACAAAAUCUGUUGUUUAUUUUUUGGAACAAGACAGCAUCAUCAGUUCUAUUCAAGAUUAUGUGGAAAAUUUGAUUCUAAAUUUGGCUGGCAGUUGUGAUGUACACCCGAAAUUUCCAUUAAUGGUCGAUAAUACUGAUAACAGUUCAUCAAAAUCUGAUACGAUGAUUACUUCAAGUACAAAAAAAAAGAAGCUAAUGAUGCUUGUCCCAGAAUCGCUUGGUGGACCGCCAUCUUCUUCCAACGCUAAGUCACCAAAAGUUUACCCGCAUCAGCUGGUACGAACUGAUGCGAAGGAGAGACGCUUAGAAGAAUUUGUAGCUAGUCAGUCGCAAAUUGUAUCGCCUUCGCAUCCAGCAAAUGAUGUCACUUCAAGCGCACAGUUGUCAGAUGGUGGUGAAUGGCGCAAAUUUGAAUUUGAAUCACUACAAAAUAUGAAAAAAGCACUUUGUACAACGGCUUCUGUCAGUUUACGUUCAUUAUUCAAGGAGCACAUAUAUAUUGGAGCUGUGAAUAUCGAUCAGGUUCUCAUACAACAUUCAACGUCAAUUUACUUAGUGGAUGCUCAAGAUUGUUUGCGGAAUUUCUUUUAUCAGAUUCUUGUCCUUUCGUUCGGUAAUUUUGGAUCAUAUAAACUAAGUGAAUGCGCACCACUAGCUGAGCUGUUAUAUAUUGCUGAUAGUAGCUUAUCCUCUGCAGAAGUUCAACAAAAAGCAGCUAUUGUAAUUGAAAAUCGCGAAAUGUUGGAUGAUUAUUUCUGUUUGUCCAUUACGGAGAAUGGAAAUCUUAGUUCGAUCCCAUCUUUAGUUGAUGGAUUUAUUCCGCAAUUGGAAUCUCUUCCGCAAUUAAUAUUAACAUUAGCAAAUGACAUUAUAUGGGAUGAUGAGCAAACUUGUUUCGAGCAAGUUUGUUGGGCACUGUCGGAAUUCUUCUGCCUUAAAAAGGAGUUUUGCGAUGGGGAAACAAUUUCGGGUUUGUGUAAAGAAAAGUUGUCUUGGAAGAAUGUCUAUCAGGAUAUCCUAUUUCCAGCAUUAAAAAUCAAUUUUUUACCGCCACAGAAGUUAACAUCCUCACUACGUCGAAUUGCUGAUUUGCAUGAUUUGUACAAAGUUUUCGAAAGAUGCUAG